CCCUUUCGAUAUCUUUCGGACUUGUUUUUUCAAUUAAAUUAAUUAACUGUUAAAUUAAGCGGGCUUGCUCUUGAAAAAAUGUAUUUAACAGAUAUUAUAAAGGGAAAAGUAGAUAAUUCCGUGUACUUCAUAGCGGAAAUUGGACAGAAUCAUCAGGGAUGCUUGGAAAUGGCAAAAAAAAUGAUUUUAGAAGCCAAGAAAGCUGGCUGUCAUUGUGUAAAGUUCCAGAAGUCUGACUUGAAAGCGAAGUUCACUCGAUCUGCCCUAGAUCGGGAAUAUAUUAGCGAGAAUUCUUGGGGAAAAACCUAUGGAGAACACAAGGAGUAUCUCGAGUUUUCCAAAGAACAGUAUAUUGAGCUACAAGCUUACAGCCGUGAAAUAAAUGUGGACUUUACAGCAUCCGCCAUGGAUGAGAAUUCCUUGGACUUCCUGGUCGACUUGAGUGUUCCCUUUAUUAAAAUCGGUUCAGGAGAUGCCAACAACUUUUCACUUCUCAGAAAAGCAGCUAAACUGGACAUACCAUUGGUUAUCUCCACGGGUAUGCAAACCAUGGAUACGGUUGAGAAGAUUGUCCAAACUAUGGAGGAUGCUGGAAAGAAAGACUACGCCCUGAUGCACUGCGUCUCAGCUUACCCAACUAUGCCCGAAGACUGUAAUCUUCAACUGAUUAGAGUCUUCAAAGGGCGUUUUCCAAAUGUGACAAUUGGAUACUCUGGACAUGAAUUAGGUAUUUUGCUUACCCAGGCCGCUGUUUUGCUGGGAGCUCGAAUAGUAGAGCGUCAUUAUACGUUGGACAAAAAUCAAAAAGGCUCAGACCAACGUUGCUCCCUAGAGCCCCAAGAGCUUCGAGAGUUAGUAGAACAGGUCAAGCAAUUUGAGUUGAACAAUAACCCUUAUCCUACGGGGGAUGUAAUGCAGAAACUAAAUGGAGGCCAAGAUCUUGCGACUGCUCUGCAAGAUGUUCGGGAGAAAGAAAUUUUACCCUGUGAGCUACCAUGCCGAAACAAGUUAGGGAAAUCCAUUGUAGCAGCUCGCAGCCUUUCCAAAGGCCAUAUCCUGGAACCAACGGAUAUGGCCAUCAAAGUAAGCCACCCCAGCGGCGAGACAGCUGAAAAUCAUUUCAAUUUAAUCGGAAAAGAAUUGAUUGUCGAUGUUGGUGAGGAUGAUCCCAUAACUGGGAGUAUGCUAUUUAUUUAGGGCAUAAGACUUUUUCAAAUACAUGAAGUGCAAAGUGAAAUAAAUAUGAACAUAUAUAAGCAGUAUUGCUUUAUUCGGCUCCAUCAUCGCUGCCAUCGUCUUCGUUUUCAUUUUCAAUCAUAUCAAUGUCCUCCUCAAGGUCGCCUUCUUUUUUAUCCGUGGGUUUCUCGUAGACGGCGUUCAGCGGGGAGACGCAGACUCCGUUCCAGACGGACAUCUCACGCACGAUGCUUGUGUUGCCCUCAAUGCCCAGGAUGUGCUUGUACCCUCCGUGGGCUAGAACACGCAGUAACGUCUGGGCAGUGUAGCAACAGACAUCCUGCUGCUCGAGCGUCAUCGCUGUGUGCACCCUGAU